CUCCCCUAAAAGGCAAAGCAGUUAACACAAAUUAGAAACAAAACAUAAUAAAUCACAGAUUGGGCAAGGCCUGUAGAGUCUUGACACCCGUGGACUAGACAGUCAUUUGUCUCGUAUAGGAUCUCCUGCUUGAGCAGGGGGUUGGACUAGAACACCUCCAAGGUCCCUUCCAGUUCUAUUCUAUUCUUCUUAAAUAUACCAUGAUCAAUUUAUAUUUUGAAAAUGUUAGUCCAAAAGGAUCAGUACAUUUUUUACUUAUAAUGCUUGUGAAUUUCUAUUUUUUUCCUUCAGACAAAAUGAUACAAUAUGGACAUUACAAGGGUAAACUCAGAAAUCAGGAGCAUUCCUUACAGUUCACCAAAACGAUAUUAAUCAAGAGCACUGUCUUUUGCCAUCGUGCUCUGAUGUUUUUUAAAAUUCGGUUAUUUUUUUCAAAGUAGUAGAAACUUGACUACUGUGGCAGUAGGCAGCUACUGCUAAGACAACAUAGAGCAUUUAGAUCAUGAAUUGGGUUUUAUUUAAAUGCUAAUAAAAAGCUGACAAUUCCAUCCAUUCUAGCUAAGCUCUGACUGUCCCUAAAGUGCUUUUUAAAAAAGCAAUUGACGUUUCGCUUCUUAGCCAAGAAACUUCUUCAGGUCUGACUGAAUAAUGGAGGAUGGCAGGAUUUAUAUUCCUUGCAGUCAUCUGGUCAUUAAAACUUCUCCACCACUGAGUCAGAACUGAAGAAGCUUCUUGGACAAGAAGCGAAACGUCUUCAAGGAGAAACAAAGUCCUGUUUAUCUUUUGAAAUAGCACCUUUACACUAUUCAGAUGACCCUGAGGGCACAGAUAAACCCCCAAGUAGCUUCAACGAGAAAAGAAUGCUAACGACCAUAUAAGAUUACUGCAAGGAAUAUAAAUCCUUCCAUCCUCUACCAUUCAAUCAGAAUUGAAAAAGCUUCUUGAAUGAGAAGCGAAAACAAAAAGUCCAGUUGCCUUUUGAAAAAGUACUUUUGGGACAACCAUAACUGAGAACCCCCAUUGACACUAAGCUCCGACAAGACUUGGAUACUCCGCGGACAACCCGGCAUUGAAUUACGCUCUCUACUUCUAUUCCCACCAAUCCGCUGAACUUUCUGGCCCUUCUAGCACAAUUGAUCUCGGUGGCUGCCCCCGAGGCUCCUCACUUCCCAUCAUGCAACGAGCGACGCGGUCACGUGCUGGAGGUGGAGGCAGAAAGUCCGGCCUGGUGUCACUUGGAUCUACCGCCAUGCUGUUGCUUUCGCUGCUCCCUGGCCGCCUUCAGCACAAGCCGGCUUUCCUGACGUCUCUGCUUGCGCUCCUUUUGCUCGUCCUGCUGCCAGGCCCCGCUCAGCCCAUCUCCUUCCAAUUGCCGGGCAAAGCCCGCAAAUGCCUUCGGGAGGAGAUUCACCGCGACAAGCUGGUCACCGGCGAGUACGAGGUGGCCCCCCCGCUGGGCUCGUCUAGCGGCCCGUCCGCAAACCUCAAGAUUACUGACACAGCUGGACAUAUCCUUUAUGUCAAGGAAGAUGCUACUAAGGGCAAGUUUGCUUUCACCACCGAGGACUAUGAUGUGUUUGAGGCUUGCUUUGAAAGCAAACUCCCUGUGGGAACAGGGCGGAUGCCAGACCAGCUUGUGACCUUGAAUAUGAAGCACGGAGUGGAAGCAAAAAACUAUGAAGAGAUUGCUAAAGUGGAAAAGCUAAAGCCAUUGGAGCUGGAGCUGCGACGACUGGAAGAUCUUUCGGAAUCUGUUGUUAAUGACUUUGCAUACAUGAAAAAGCGAGAAGAAGAGAUGCGGGAUACAAAUGAAUCUACCAACAUUCGAGUACUGUACUUCAGCAUUUUCUCAAUGUUCUGCCUCAUUGGACUGGCAACUUGGCAAGUCUUUUAUCUGCGGCAUUUCUUCAAAGCUAAGAAAUUGAUUGAGUAGCAAGAAGGGGUAGUUUUCCCUUGUUUUGACACCCCAGAAACAACACAGAGACCUAGCAAUGACUAUUGAGAGCCAUCUUGGAGUUGACCUGCAAAAAUGAACUUUUUCUACAAUUACCCACCAAAGGGAUGGAGGGAGGAAAUACUGGCACAAAAACUGAGGAGGAAAUUAAGGACUAUUGAAUAGAUUUGGAAGAAGCAGUAGUUUGAUUUUAAGAAUUUUUGGACACAAAUAAAUAAAAUUGUCUCAAACCAAUUUUUCUUUCUUUACAUGAACAAUUAUAUAUCACAAAGUUGCUCGUAUCUUCUACUUCAAUACACAGAAUGUGAUGUAUUUGAACCAUGGAGUUGGGUGAAGCAAUGGCUCAGAAAUACUUGGAGCAGAACUUCACAGAAACAGAGAUUGCAAAUGAUUAGGAGCCACAUUUCAGGAAGGGAGGAGAAAUGACCAGUGACAGCUUUCUAUGAAAAUAUUUGAUGUUCAUGUAGUUAUGUUAUUUCCAAUUGCUUAACACAAACAAUGUUAUUGUUUAAAUUACAGAAGGACUUGAGAUGUAACUUCUUCAGGUUUCUUAUCCUAUACUCUGAUAUAAUUUCUGCUAAAUGUCAAUGGAGAUUCUUGCUCAUCCAGAUCAUUAUUGUCCCAAAGGUGUUGUUCAAAAGGCAAAUGGAUUUUCUUUUUUACCAACAAAGUACAAUUACCUUUUGAACAAUACCUUUGGGACAAUUUCUGCUAAAGUGACACAGCUCUUGAAAAAGCACUUUGAGUACUGUAAGAGUUUAUUUAAUCAAAAGAAGCUUUCCCCUUACUUAUACUUGAAAUGCAUGCUUUUAUUUUCUUUUUCUUAACUUUUUCUUUACUUCCUCCAUUCAACAAUAAAAAUACUACUUAAUUUGUAUCAGACCUGCAUUGGACAGAUUUAAAUCUGCUUAUAGUCUUUCAUCCAUGUAUAGAAUGUAUAGAACAAUCAAUUUGCGUGAUAAAACAUAAUCUGUACUUCUUUUUCACAGGGUUUACAUUUUUCCAACACUUUACAAGAUUUACAUCAGUGGCAAAAAUAUAUUUUGACAUAAUAGUUCUAAAUCCUAUUUGUUGAUUCUAUAUGGACAGCACUGUUCGGUCCCAUAUUCAUUUAAAAAAAUGGGUGGGUGGAUAAAUGUGCUUCUAAGCUACUAUGCAGUUUCUGAUUCCUAUGCUGAAAACAUCAAUUCAUUGAAAGCAGCUUAUUUGGCUGAAUAGUCACAAUUUUUUUCCUAGUCUAAUUACUAAAUCCCAGCUCCACUGUUUUAGAAAAUAUAAUUACUAAAUUUACAAAUAAACUUCUCCAUAAUAAUUCUGUCAAAUAGUUUGCCUCCAUUAACAGAAGGAUGCCUGUUGUGUACCCAGUUUGCCACUCUUGCCUCAAAAUCCUAAUUUCUUGACUACAAAGCAAAAGUAACUUAUUUUUUUAAGUAUUCAAAGUAUAGUGUACAAAGUAUAAAGAAGUACUCUCAAGAAAACUAUAUUAAAUGUAGGAUAUCACAUAGUUAUGAAAAGGUCUUAGUAUUUGUCAUAAUUUUCUUCUUGGAUUUCUUUCUCAGUGUUGUGAGUUUUGCUUACAAACUUUCAUGGAUUAUUUUAGACACUUCUCUGGCAAUCCCUCUCUAAAUAUUUGGAAGAAAUUAAACCUGAGAUGUGAUGAAAAAUAUGCUUUAGAACAGGGGUUCCCAACUAGGGUUGCUGGUUUGAAAACUUGGAUUUUCAAAAUUAUAGUGUAUUGCAUAAUUUGUUGCCGUUAUUUCGAACAUUUUUUAGGGGGUGCGAGGAUAUAUCAGAAGCGUUCUAAGGGUACAGAAAAGAUUGGGAGCCGCUGGUUUAGAAGAUGAAAGGCUUAUCUCACAUGGACUUGAUUUAGUUUUUAGUAGGAAAUUUAACAUUUAAAGAAAAACUGGGAAGUGGUAUCUUACUCAUUCUUUUAUCACUUUUAGCAAAUCAGGAAUUAGCAUCUUUUAGUAAGUGACAUGAUAUACACAAUAGUUUUGCCUUCAUAUCAUUAGUGUCUUUUCUCCUAACUGCUAUGGUAUACGUGCAAGUGAAUAAAGUACGUUUAAUUUUAUCUGAAAUCUGGUUGGGGAUUUUUGACUUUCUCAAUAAAAUAUUUUUUUGGGAAA